GUAAGCCCUCUCCUCCCCGGCAAGCAAGCGGUCACCCGGAGCGCAGCCUUUGUCUUUGAAGACCUGGGCCUGCAGGUUCGCCCUCUCCCUCCCGGCAAGCCAGCAGUCACCCGGAGCGCAGCCUUUGUCUUUGAAGACCUUGGCCUGCAGGUGCAGCGCAAAGGGCCCCCCUCCGGUCCUGCUCCUCCCCACUCCAUGCCGCCGCCCCCCGCCUCAAACCCUAAUCUGCCCGGAAAUUUUCCUCCCGGGCAGCCGCCAAUGUGGGGCAGCAGCAUGAGCACGGGCGGAGUUAACGGCCCGCCAACCCCAUCAAGUAAGAUGCUGCUGGGGCCGGGGGCACGGUCACACAGAGGCAUGCGAUUGCUGUCUGAGGAUGUACCUGAGAUGAGGCAGAGAGCAGGGCCGGGAGGCAGGAGGCCGGGUGGGGGUGGGGAGUAUGAGGGUGGGAGAGAGGUGCGGGCGCCGUCUCCUGAUGAGAGUCGGCUGAGUGAGAGGAUGCGGAGGCAGAGUUUGGGAGAGGGAGGGGGAGCGAGGGGUGGGGGUGUGAGUGGUGGUGGGGGAGGCGGGGAUAGGCAAGGGCACAGGUAUUCUGGGUCGACCAUGAGCAAUGCCAGCAGCGCUGUUGGGGGUGGUGGGGCGGGUGGGAGUAGCAGUGGCUCUGCGCGUAAGCCAGGCAAGGAUCAGCAGCAGCAGCAGGGUUCUCGAGCAGAGAAGAGGCAGCCGCCGACGCCACAGCAGCAGGCAGAGCAGAGGGAGAGAAUCAUGAAGAAGCUAGCAGGGGGCCAGCCACAGCCGCAACCACAGGCCCUGGUGGAGCAAGAGCCGGGCGGCGAGAAGAUGAAGAGGACAAGCACAGGCGGUAGAAGAUGA